UCGCCAUUCGUCUGUGCACAGUAUAUUUCAGUAAUCAUGUACGCGGCAAUUAAUUUCUUUUUUAUCGCUUUGGUAUUUACAGUUCACGGUUUGCCGACGUCGCAUAUCAUCGGCGGCACAGACGCACCGCUCGGAAAAUAUCCACAUCAUGUUGCCUUGAAAUAUGAGGGCAGCUUUCGUUGCGGAGGAUCAAUUAUUAACAAACGUUACAUUCUCACUGCAGCUCAUUGCGUAAAUUUUGUCACCGAUGCCAAGAAACUCAAAGUACACGCUGGUACGAUCUAUUUAAACGAGACAGGUGAUGUUUAUCAAGCGGAGAGUGUGACGUGGCACACUGGUUUCGACGAUUUCAGACUUAAUUACGAUGUUGGUCUCAUUCGAUUAAACAAGGACAUUGUGUUCACCAAUGUGGUAAAGCCCAUUCGGCUUGCACAGAAAGAUAUCGCUGUCACAGAUCUUCCUUGCGUUGUGUCUGGUUGGGGCACCACUUCACUCGGCGGACCUACACCCAACACUUUACAAGAAAUCGUUCUGAAAGUUUACUCCCCCGAGAAAUGCAAGCUUUCGUCAUGGAGAGUAACCGAUAAUCACGUCUGCACUCUUACAAAAACCGGCGAGGGAGUGUGCCAUGGUGAUUCAGGUAGCGCUCUCAUAGCCAUGGACGUGCAGAUUGGAAUCGCAUCUUUUGUGACUCCAUGCGCUCUAGGAGAACCUGACAAAUUUGUUAAGGUAUCCGCAUAUCAAGAUUGGAUCAAAGAGCAUAUGGUUGAUAUCGAAUUCAAUAUGCACGCGUUCUUUGCUUUGGUAGUCGCUUGCUUAGCGGUAGCCGCUCACGGCUUUCCAAACACUCAGAUUGUUGGUGGAAAGGAUGCUCCACCCGACAAGUUUCCAUAUCAAGUAUCUCUGAGAAGAUACGGAAGUCAUUCCUGCGGCGGAUCUAUUCUAAGUCGGAAUAUGAUUCUCACUGCCGCUCAUUGUAUAGUGGGCUACGAAUCAGGUCCAUCUCUGGAAGCGCUAACUAUCCACGCCGGCACAAAUCUGUUAAGCGAGCUUGGUACCGUCUACAAAGCUAAAAAAGUCAUCGUUCACGAGGGUUUUGAUCCUUUUGCAUUAGUCAAUGACAUCGGUUUAAUUAUUCUGAAAAAUCCUAUUCAAUUCAACAAAAAUAUACAGCCCAUAACACUUGCAAUUCCCGAAUUUCCGUUUACUCCAGCUGGCAAACCCUGCACUUUAUCUGGAUGGGGAAGAACUUCGCUUGGUGGUAAAGUUCCUGACAAAUUACAAGAGAUCGAGUUGGUUGUUUAUGAUCAAAAUAAAUGCAAACAAGAACACUGGAGGGUACAGUCUACUCACAUUUGUACAUUAACAAAAGCAGGCGAAGGCGCGUGUCACGGUGAUUCCGGUGGUCCUCUUGUUGCUGAAGGUGUUCAGAUCGGCAUUGUCUCAUUCGGUCAACCAUGCGCUCGUGGAUCGCCCGAUGUAUUCAGUAGGGUAGCCUCUUUCCAGGAUUGGAUCCAAAAACAUGCGGUUUAUUGAAAACAUAUCGUUGAAUAAUAGGAUAAAACGAAAUAUAUUUUAUACGCACGCAUUAUUAUUUAAAUGUAUUAAUAUUCUUUGAUACUUAUCCCAUAAACAUUACAUAGAGAUUCUGUCAUAAAACGUUUAACAAGUUUAAUAUAAUGUAAGAUAAAUAAUGACUAUAAUUGUGUGUGCGUAUAAGAGAGAAUUUAAAAUAAUUUUCUGAUAAUUACUAUGUGUAUAAAUCAUUAUUUUUAUCUACAUGUCUCGCCUAAAAAUAUCUUUGUUUAAAUGCUAUGAUUAUUUAAAUAACACAUUGUUUAAAUAAACGUUAUUGAACACUUUAAUUAUCAAACAGAUUUCAAUAUAAACUCUGAGAAUCCCAAAGUCCAAAAAUGCCCAAAUGUUUAUAAAAUAUGCAAAAUUAGAUUAGAAAAUAAAUGUGUACGAAAAAAUAUAUAUAUAUAUUAUAUGAUAUAUACGAAACUUUAUUAUGUUUUGAUAUGAUAUAUACGAAACAUAACAAACAAAAUUAAUAAACAUAAUGAAUGCAUA